AUGUGGAGUCACUAUACACAGAAAUAUCCAGAUGGGGUGGAAGCUGCUUUGAAUCUCAAAUUGAGAUCGAUCGAGGAUGAGUUGCCGGAAAACAUAGAUGUCACAUUCUCCUCAUCCGAUACAGACAACGAAUCUCAGGUUAUCAAAACUGUUGUCGAUCAGGUGUUGGAUGAGGAGAGUGAGAAAUCUGAAAAGGCUCAAUCUGAGAAGGUUGUUAGCAAUUCUGAAGAUGAAGGGAAUUUCUUAGAUCAAUAUAUACUGAAAUCGGUGUUUAAGCCGAAAGAAAAGUUGAAUGAAAUUUUUGUGGUUGGUCCAAGUGUUGACGAUGAGAAAGAUUAUAUCUUUAGUCAAAAGGCUGUGGACGAUUUCAAUGCAGCAAAGAAGUUAAAAGAAGAGUCAGUCAAAUCUACUUUUGUUGAAUAUGACAAAAGGGUGUGUUACCGCUGUAGUGAAAUUGGACACAUGGCUAAACAGUGUCAGAAAGUGAUUGAGAAACUGGUUCAAAAAUCUGUUGUAAAACCAAGUGUUCAAAAACCUAUUGUUGUAAAACCGGUUCAAAAGCAAACUGUUUCUAAACCAACUGUUCCAAAGUCAAAUGUUCAAAAACCUAGACCUAAAUCUCCGACUGAUACAAAAGGCAAAAAACCGAUGGCUUCUCCGAUCCGUAUUUUGAAGAGAGGUGAAUCUUUGAAGUCGGAGGAUAAGCCGAAAUCGAUUUUCGAGAUUGGCGAAUCUUCUAAUACUCGAAAGACUUAA